AUGAUAACUGAAAAAAUAGAUAAAACACCAUAUAGCUUUUUAAAUGGGAAGGAGAAGAAAGAAAUUGAACUCAAUUUUAAACCAAUCUUCACAGUUGGAGCGAACAAUUUCCUUUAUGCGCUAGAUGAUGACAAUUCAAUUCACAAGAUUGACUCAACAAACGUUCAAGAAAGUCCCCAAAUUAAAAUUCCCGAUGGUCUUACAACAUUCCAAGUUGAUGAUAAAAAAGGCGAUUUAAUUUGCGCUCGUCCAGCAGAUAAUUCUAUUUCAAUCAUACCAAUAAAAGAUUCAGAAUUCCAGAAUUACAGUCCUAAAUUUGAAACAAUAACAUUUGUUGCACCAAAGAAGUAUGAUCCCGUUGUUCAAGGAAGUAAUAUCACAAUUUCCAAGGAUUUAAAGUAUAUUGCUUAUACAUGCAAUAAUGACAUUUACGUCUACACGGGACCAACAUUCACAGCGAAAACUAAAUACCAGAAAAUCUCCCAAGAAGAAAAAAUUACAAAUUUAAUUUUGACAGAAUCCGGUCUUGUUUACUAUACAACAGAGAAUUCUGUUUCCGUAUAUAACAUUAAUACGAAGCAGACGACCAAAUUGUCCGAGAAAGGCGUCAAACCAAAGUUUGCAUUUGUUUCCGAAGAAAAUCUUUUCUACAUCUUACAAGACAAGGAGCUUUCAUACUUCACCCAAAACGCCAGCAAGCCAACAGUGAUUAACCUUACUACAGAGCACGAGAUUUCCAUGGUGGGACCAAUGGGCUCUUAUAUCUACAUAGGAGUCAACCAUUCGAUCUCAUACUCAUUCUGCGUAUACGACUUGAAGUACGGAAUGCUCUGCUUCUCCGACGACUUAGGCCAGAAGACAGAAUCCGUUUGUAGAAUUUGGGGUGGAAUGUUGCUGAGACAAGGCGCAAAAGCAACUUUGUACAGAGAAUUAACACCACAAGAGAAAGUCAAAGCCGUCGUUGAUCGUCAUCGUUUCGAAAGAGCCCUCGAAAUGGCACAAGAUUUUAAUUUAGGCGAAGCAACAAUAGCACAAGUACAUCGCGAAUACGGUGAUGAACUCUAUUCACGCAGAGAAUACGAUGCAGCUAUCGACCAUUACAUAAAAACCGUCAGAUUUACAGAACCUUCACAUGUCAUUGCAAAAUACGUUGAUCCUCAUCAUGCAAAGAAUUUAGCGAGAUACUUACAGGCAAUUCCUAACGAAUUGAAGAGCAAACAGCACACAACUCUCUUAUUUAAUUGUUAUACAAAAGAAAAGGCUGGUAAAGAGCUCGAAAAGUUCGUAGAAGGAUUGAUUGCUAACGCUAACACUGAUGAGAAGAGUUUCGAUGUAGAAACAGGUGUAGAUGUGUUAAAGAGAAACGGAUAUGAAGAAUUAGCUGAAAAGUUGGCUAAAGCAUACAAGAAACACUCCUUGUACAUGUCAUUAUUGUACGAACGCCAGGAGUACCGCCAGAUGCUCAAAUAUAUCAAGACAUUGCCAGGAGAAGAAGUUCAACCAAAAUUACAAGAGUACGGAACUGAAAUUAUCUCAAAGUACUCCGAGGGACAUGAAGAACUCAUCUCCUUCGCAACAUCCUGCUGCACAGAAGGUCUUAAAUUCACUGGCGAAGAUUUGCCACAAAAAUUAGAUCCUUCUGCUCUUUACCCGAUCUUCGUAAAGUCACCUGAAGAGCACUUCAAAUUCCUUUACAACCUCAAAGGAAAGAUCUCGUUGAACGAACAAUGCUGGAAUACUUUAAUUGAACUCGCAUUGAGGAUUAAAUCUCCUAAAGUCGAUGAAUUGCUUAACGACCCACAAACAAGAUAUACCCGCGAACAGGUUAUCAUCUAUUUGAACGCGUUCGGCCACAAAGAAGGUCUACCGCAUCAAUAUGAGGAAUUGAAGCUCUAUCCAUUCCUCUUGCAUUCAGCUCCUCCUAACGAAGUUCUCUCGAUCUGCAAGAAGUAUGGCCAGGAAAUGCCGAAAUUGUGGUCUGAUGGCUUAAUUGCUUUGGCAGAUUCAGAUUGCUCAGAGGAAACACUCUCAGAAUUCCUCGACGAACUCAUGGAAACAGGAACAAUUCCUUUCCUCACAAUUCUAACCGUUUUGAGAACACACGGAAAACAUUCUUUCGCAGCUGUCUCAAAACUUGUCAAAACCGUUUUCUCUACAGAACAAGCGAAAUUAAGAGAAGCGAACGAAAAGAAGAACAAGUCUCUUGAAACGGCCGCAGCUAAUAGAGCUGAGACAGAGAAGUUGUUAACAAUGAAUUACGUCGUUCAAGCAGAGAAUAAAUGCGCUGAUUGCGGUGAAUCUAUUAAUGGUAACGCCGUUCACUUCCUUUGCGGACAUUCGUACCAUUCUCACUGUGUUACAGGAUCAUUCUGCCCGAACUGCAAGCAUAAACUUGAAGAAAUCCUUAUGUUGAAGAAAGAGAAAUUAGAAAAGGCAAGAGAAGAUGCUGAUGUGCAUUCGUACAACUUUGAUGCUAUGCUCAAAGAUAUUUCGGCAUCGUUAUUUGUUGGCGGCGUAUCUAUUGAGCCAUCAAACGAUGUUAACGAAUUAGACGACGUGGAGACCUUGUUAAAGAAAAUUAAAAACAAAUCGCAAGAGUAA